CUGUCAAUCAACCCUUAAGCAGCUCAGUGUUUGCGCGGUGGCCCUCGCGACCAAAUCCUGAAUCUUGAAAGUCACAUGACUCCACUAAUCGCGAAGUGUAUUUCCGCGUACACGAGAGGGCUGUAGUUGUAUUUUCUAAAUGUUAUGCUGAAUUGGAGGAAGAGGUGUUUUUUUGCAUCAGCGCACUGUCGUCGAAACGCGUUGCCGAGCUGGGGGGAAAUUCAGGGAAGGGGAGUCGCGCUGAAGCAAGGUACCGCAGCGACACACGACGCGGCACGAACAUGUUCACGCGGGUUAAAUCUGCUGUAGCCAAUUUCAUGGGUGGCGUCAUGGAUGGUGGCGCAAACGUUGACCAAUCUGCGUCAGAUUUGCCACUGAAAUUCCCCUACAUGAGACCUGAGUUCCUAGGACUGUCCUCGGAUGAAAUCGAGUGUUCUGCGGAUCACAUAGCGCGUCCGAUUCUCAUCCUCAAAGAGACGAAGAGAUUGCCGUGGGCAACUGGUUACGCAGAGGUGAUCAACGCGGGUAAAAGUGCCCUGAAUGAGGACCAGGCAUGCUGUGAGGUGCUGGUGGUCAGGAAGAGGCCAGGAGGUUCCAGCACACCCAGUAAGACCCCCACUACCAAGAGACGCUCGUCACUGCCCAACGGAGAGGGACUUGGCCUGAGGGACGUCAAGGUGGACUCAGAGGGUCUAGUAUUCCACUACUGGGCGUUGUUCGAUGGCCACGCCGGCUCUGGGGCUGCAGUAAUGGCCUCCAAGCUCCUCCAUCACCACAUAGUCGAGCAGCUUCAGUCUGUCUUCGAAGUCCUAAGGAACCAUGAUGUUUUACCGCCCACUGUAUUUGGUGAAGAGUCUGACGUUACCAUGACCCCCGGGACCCACCGGGUUGCCCUGGCCCGAGCCGCAUCUCUCCACGGGGCUGCUGGUGCUCCCGGGUCCCCCUGUACCCCUCCACCCCAAAGGUUCUUCAUAGAGAAGAAGAUACAGCACGAGAGCUUGGUAAUAGGAGCCAUAGAGAAUGCCUUCAAGGAGAUGGACGCCCAGAUCGAGAGAGAGAAGCAGGUGUACGAUAUUACCGGAGGAUGCACUGCCCUGUGUGUGGUGUACCUGCUGGGAAAGCUCUACGUGGGGAACGCGGGCGACAGCAGGGCGAUCAUUUUACGGGAUGGCCAGGUGCUACCCAUGUCUACAGAGUUCACCCCUGAGUCCGAGAGACAACGACUGCAGUUCCUGGGAUUCAUGCAGCCUCACCUCCUGGGAGGAGAGUUCACCCAUCUGGAGUUCCCCAGGAGAGUACAGAGGAAGGAAGUGGGCAAGAAGAUGCUCUACAGAGAUUUCACCAUGAAUGGAUGGGCAUAUAAAACCAUUCAAGAUGAGGACCUGAGGUUCCCCCUAGUCUAUGGCGAAGGGAAAAAGGUUAUGUGUGCCAGAGUGAUGGCCACCAUUGGAGUGACCCGGGGCCUUGGUGACCACGAUCUCAAAGUCCACGACUCCAACAUCUACAUCAAGCCUUUUCUGUCCUGUUGUCCAGAGGUGAUUGUGUACAACCUGAACCAGUAUGAGCAUGGCGCUGACGAUGUCCUGGUGAUGGGAACCGAUGGCCUCUGGGAUGUCCUGUCAAACAAAGAAGUUAAUGAAUCAGUCUCCACCUUCCUGGCCAACUGCGACCCGGAUGACUUACACAGGUACACCAUGGCUGCUCAGGAUCUUGUGAUGAGAGCGCGGGGAGUACUGAGGGACAGAGGCUGGAGGAUCACUAAUGACAGGCUGGGAUCUGGAGAUGACAUCUCCUGUUACAUCAUCCCACUGAUGUACGGCAACCGUCAGCCCUAGGACUACGCUCAGGCCCGGAAUGGAGCCGGCUCCCUCCUUAACCGACAGUACGGCACACCUCUCCUUUUGAAAGCGUUGUCUCACUCUUCCUCCAUUCAACACUUCUUCCCAGUGCUGUAGGCUACUUGAAACAAACCCUUGAAGGUGUAACAGUUUCCCCAUUUUCCUUAUGCAGGGAUGAGCUUACGUUCUGUGGUAUGUACCUUUUUCAUAUGACCUGAGGUCACAGUCACGUGCUGCUGGUGUGAGCUGACCAGUGUAGCCGUUUCCUGCUUUGCUGCACGGUGUGGCUUCGGAGGAGUCCUUUCCUGAAGUACAGUAAUAAAUUGCCGACGGUAUAUGGUUGUAUACAUUCGAUGUCGUGUUCCAAAUCAUAUUCCUAAUCUCAACUGAAAAGGAAACUGAAAUAUGUAAAGGUCAAAUCUUUCAGUAUGUUGAUGUAGCCUAUGGAAUAAAGGUAGAUAGUGAUGUGUUAUUGACAAUCUGACUGAGCAAGGUGCAAUGGUUUACUGUGGCUUAGUAUUGGUUUUUCUGCCACUUAACAUGCAUAGAACUCUACCAUCAUCGUGGAAUGAAUGACAUGAACAAAGUCUGAAGCUGUAUAAACAUUUUAGGAUGCAUCGAUUGCUUCAAACCCCACCCUUUUAUAACCCAGUUAUCAAGGCUGGUAUUUGUUUGCCUGUACUGUAAUGCUGUGUUGUCUGGGAAAGAUGUGGAGAUGGAGGGGAUCGUAGCUCAGACUGGAGGAUGCUGUUGUUGCUUAGCAGCUCAGACUGGAGGAUGCUGUUGUUGCUUAGCAGCUCUGACUGGAGGAUGUUAUUAGGUAUGAGAUGCAUUGUGGUUUAAGUGUGUUCGCUUACACCAUUAUUGCCACUUCAGUAAGUGCCAUUCUAUAUGUAUUGCAUUUUCCAGAAUUGUAAGGGAGGAUUUCUUUUUACUGAUGUAUUUUCCCAAUUGGUCCUUCAAUUCAGUGGCAGUCAUCCACAUUUUUGUCAUAUUGCAAAUUAUUAUAAAUUUUACUUACCAUGUUACAUUUUGUGACAUUAUCAACAUUAAAGUCAUUCAUGUUCUAAUAUAUUUAUUGCUCUAAGACUCUAAAACUAUAUAUUUUUGACACCUAGCAAACACUUUUAACCAAGGCGAUGUACAUUAGCAUAUAAAGUUAGAUGCAAUUUGUUUUUGAAAGUGGCGCUGUCGUGCCAGAAUUUCUUGAAAAACAGGAACUGUCAUAUAUAUACAGACGGUUGACAAAUUAUACGAAAAACCAACAUAAAGUGUCUCGGUAAGCUGUUGGGCCAUCACAAGUCGUCAGAACAGCUCCAGUGCGCCUUGGCAUAGAUUCUACGAGUCUCUGGGACUCUUCUGGAGGGAUGGGACUCCAUUCUUCCAAAACAUGUUCCCUCAUUUGGUGUUUUAAUGAUGGUGGUGGAGAGCGUUGUCUAACACAAUCUCUCAUAGGUGUUAAAUUUGGUUGAAUCCUGGUGACAGCAAAGGAAAUGGCAUAUGAUGCAGAUCAUUUUCACACUCGCCAAACCAUUCAGUGAUUCCUCCGGGAUUGUCAUCCAGGAUGAGACCCAAUAAUGAACCCUCUUCAAAGGUCCUUAGAUCCUUUUGCCCUCUUGAUCCAAAUUCAAGGUCAACUGGGCCAGCUCAGUAAUUUUAUAAAUGCCUCAGAGAAUGUGAUGUUAAUUGCUUCAUUGCAUCAUGCAGUUCACCUGUAUGGAAACAUCUGCAUUGGUUAUGUUCCUCUAUUCAAUUAUUCAGGUUUAUCCUUUAAUUUGUCACAUGUCUGUAUGUGUACAAUCUCUUGCUUUCAAACUUGGAAUUUCAUGACUGAACUGAAGUAUGACAGUGAUUCUGCUAAUAGAUUAUGUACAUAUAAACAAGAUAUUCAGCCAUAAUGGGAGUUAAAAAAAUUAUGGUUUGUUAUUCACAAAAGAGACUGCAUCUUUAAGAGCCUUGUUUGAGGGUUCAAGCAUUUUUAAAUGGUCUUUUGGGGAUUCAAACUAGCAACAUUUCUGUUUCUGGCUCUAUACUGCAACCGCUAUAGGCUAUUUGCCAUCCCAUCACAAUGUGCUAAAUGUAAUUGUUGUUGUAUGGUUUUAAAGAAAGAAAAUGCCAUUUAGUGGACAGUUUUAGCAAAAGCAAAUAGCAUUCUAUGUAUGAGUGGUCCUGAAAAGGUAUAUUAAUUGUUUUGGUCGUUUCACAAAUCCUCUGAACCACAGAUGACCAUCUCCUUUCUUUUUGUAUUGUUUUCAAGGGGGUUUCAAAGAAAGCAAUCUCACACGUAAAGAAUGAAAUUGAGAUAUGCAGUAUUGUAUUUAUCCCCAAACAUCCAGAAUGACUGUUUAAGUACUGUAUAAGCUGUAACACUGAAUUGGUUGUUUAUCCUUAACUACGUGGUAUUUGUGAAUGCAUAGUUCACAUGUUAGCCUUUCCUACUACAUGAAGAUGAAGAAAGAAUGAUGUAUUUAUUUUUGCGUUAUAACUGUGCCACUCACAACUUUUGCAUAGAUGUCAACUCAGGUUUUGGUAGUUUGGAAGGAGAAAUAACCGUUGUACUGGAGUCUAUACAUUGCAGAAGACAGUGGACCUUUUGAUAUUGUCAUUUGUACAUUUAGAGUUGUUCAAUGGUCAGACACAGAAGGUCAUAAUAGAUUUGACACUGGAGCAGUAGAUAUGUUCAAACUGGCCUGGUAGCAUAUUUGACUGUGGUUCAUCUGACUCCUCUGUGAGUCAUUGCACACCAUGUGCUGUAGCGUACAUUGAAUUUGAAAACUGAGUUGGUUACAAGCACAAACGGGUGUUACCUGGUUCUGUUACUCAAACCCACACAUAUCAAUGGGACUUACCAUUCAAGGGACUGGAAUGGAGGUCGUUCAGUGGUGAUUGAAAGACUGUAGAAUGUCUUUCUGUAUAUCUCCGUGUACAAAGUACACGGUUUGAAAGGAGACCAAUGAAACACUGGUAGACGUUGAUAUUAAUGGUCAUUUUGGACUGAUGUCAAUUCUUUUACCCAACUGUUUCUUCUUAGUGAAUGUGAGAUGUACAUUUGUAAAUUAAAGGAAGUAAAAUCAUAUUUUUAAAUGUUUAUUGUAUGUUUAUAAAUGUGCAAUGAUGACUUUACCUUCAGUGUUUUCUUUUGCAAGAAUAAAAAUAAAUACAUGGAUGAAUUUAACAUCAUUCUUUUAUCCACGCCACACUAGGGAAGACAUACUCUUGCUUUACUGGAGACUGUUAGCAGCUUGGCCCAAAACUCAAUAGUUCCAGAAAUAAUUAAAUUUCAGUCCAAUCAAGGACUAGGCCAAUCUAUCCGAAGUGGCAUUAAAAUGGCAGUGGCAAAAACAAAUCGAUGCCUUUGCUGUUUGCAUUCCCACUGCCUUGGAUAGAAAGACCAACAUGCCAACUAGGGCUGUCACGAUAUCUGGUUUUCACAACACGAUUAUUGUUGCCAAAAGAAUUCACGGUAAUGAUAUUAUCCC